UGUUGUAUUUCCUCGACACCUAUCAUAGGUUUCCGUGACACAAGUGCGUUUUCCUCGUUCUUCACCCUCAAAACGCGACGAGUUUCGAGAGUUUCAGCCGAAUCAUGGGAAAGUGAUACGAUGCGAGCGCGCUUCGUCGUUAGGGCAGGCAUCCGCAAACACCGUUAUCUAAGUAGCGGGGUUCUGCUCGGACCACGUUUCUUCAAGCUUUGUUCUUGCAACCUCCUCACCGUUGUGCUCCUGAUAUCGCACCUUCUGAAAUGACUUCUCAGUCCAAGUCAGACCAGACUUCGCCCAUCUCGCUCCUACCAAACGAGCUACUUGCCGAGAUAUUCACUCUCCGCGUCGGGCAGUGCAUCCAGCCGCACCUUGGCGAUGACGCAUGGCCUCUGGACUCGCACCAGGAAACGUGGCCUUUCAGUAGCAGACGCCCAAGCUGGCGCAUCCACAGCCAUCUGAGCUGCGACGCGCAAUGCCGGGAGUGGACGCAGGCGAUGCUCGUUUGCCGCCGGUGGCAUGAUGUUAUCCUCGAUAUGGCCACCCUCUGGGCCUGUCCUCAGCUCGAACGUAAGAGCGAGGUCGAGUCGUAUCUCACUCGUGCAGGCAGUGCUCCGUUGUUUGUUCGCCGCGCACUAUGCGACAGCGAUGAUUGGCUACUCGAUUUCUUGGGUCUCCAGGGAGGCCUUUCACGCUGCCGCGAGAUCGUUCUUCUCAAGAAACAUCGCUCACGCGUAGACAUUCAGCCUCUGAUGCAGCACUUACCCGAGUCUGCACCGCUCUUGGAAGUGCUCGCCUUAACGUUCAAGGCAACUCUUCCCGAAUCGUUCCUACGUGGUUUGCCUCGCCUGCGAAGUCUGGUUCUAGGUCGAUGCGGCCUGGAGACAUGGCACUCCCUUCCUCUCCAAAAUCUGACGACUCUGAUCAUCUGCAAAAUCUCGGACCCGGCUCUCCAUCCCUCCCUCUCCGAUAUCGUCGCACUCUUGCAACAGACUCCGCGGCUUGAAAUGCUAGCACUUCGAUGCCUCCAGAGCAUCCCUGACGACGAAGCUCCUAAGCAGCCGAACGUUGUCGUUCCUCUCCGAGGGCUCUCUAGGCUUUCGCUCACCGGAUCACAUUUACAAGCGCUUAACGUCUUCCAGCGUCUUUCUGUCCCCUCACACGCAAUCUUAGACCUUAACAUGUACAGCGUCACGUCAUACAACGACAUUUCUUCCCGCCUCACGCCCCUAUUUCAGGCACACUAUAACGCGGGGAUACAUUCGAACUAUCCGCUGCCAAGUACUGGGGGCUUAAAAUGCCUCGCAGCAGCCACAGGUUUCCGCAGCCUCUCGGUGGCAUGUACGAUGCUCUCCGUUAACGUGGCGGCUUCCCUUGCACUGUCUCUUCGGCUGCCAUUUUGUGACUCCGAGAGUCCCGAAUGUGACGAUGACCAUCCUACUGAAGACACCUCCGAGGACCCUAUGCUUAGCAUGGAGAUCCUACGUCGCGGCUAUCUAUCUACAGGCCUCGUACUCGGCGUCCUCCGCGCCAUCCCGCUGGAGACCAUCACCUUCCUCAACCUUUACGACCUCGACCUUCAUGCCGAUCAAUGGAAAGACCUGUGGCCCACGGUGCCCGCUUUACGCAUUCUCCGCGUCGAAGGAGGCGUGCACCUCACCAUGCGGUCUCUCAUUCUCUCACUCACGCCCACUGUGCCGCCCGAUGCUACGCUAACUUCAUCCGAGCUUGAGCAUGAAGGCCACUUGCUGCUCCCUAACCUCGAAGAGCUGCACAUCCACCACGCUCGCGACUUCCGCCCUUCCGAGAACGAAAUCUCCCAGUAUACGCAGCUGCGCGAGUGCCUCAGGCUGCGAGACGCGGCUGGUGCGCGUUUGCGUCUGCUGGAGGUCGAGGAAGGGACAUCUAACUUCCACAUGAACACGGAGCAAAACGUCGAGAAGAUGAGGCGAGAUCGCUCGGUGGAUAAGAUUGUCUGGGUUUGGCCAUACAAGGAGGAGCCGGUGUCCGUGUAGAGAUCCAUAGCUUCGCCGAAGGGCAGAGAGCAGAUAUGAUAGCAUAGACCAUGUGUCCGAUUAGAGUAGCAGCACACUACAGCCUAGAUAGCAUUCCUCGUGAGAGUAGACUAGAGCACACUUAUCAUGACUUAGCA